AUGACCUUUUUUAUCAAAAAUAUCUUAUAUGUAUAUCAUUCAAACAUCAUUCGCUUCAUUUGCAAAAAAUAUUGCAUGUAAAUUUUCACUAAUGAAAUUAAAAGUUAGUAUGGGAACAGGAUUAUUUUGUGUGGUGAUUUUAUUCAUGAUAGGUUAUGGUUAUUGCUCAAAAGAAUGGGGAACUGACUAUGUUGAAGUGACUGAGCCUCCGAUUACUCAAAACUACUAUUUCAGUAAAGAAGGGGAAUCUUAUUAUGAAGCCCUCCAUACAUGUACAGAAAAAUCAAUGCAGCUGCUUUCUAUUGAUAGCGCAAAGGAAAAUAUGGAGUUAGCCAAGAUAAUGAAAGAUUCAGGUGGCCUAGAUCGAUAUUGGACAUCUGGUAACACAAUAGUAGAAGGUAAGUGGCUUUGGGGUAAAGGCGAGUCCAUUGAUUACUUCAACUGGAACCCUGAAACCCACAAAAAUGGUGAAACGUACUAUUCAGAUAGUAUUUGUAUUAAAAUUGCCAAAAGUGAAGAUAAACUCUACUGGGAGCAUGCAUUCUGCCGCGAGAAAAACUUGUAUAUCUGCGAAAAAACACUGACGGCCUCCAAAAUUGACUGUGAUGCUACUGAAAAUUUGGUCCAGGGAGAUAUUCAGUCACAUUAUAAAUAUUACAUAUCUGAGGAGAGUGUAACAUACCCCAAAGCAAUUGACAUCUGCCGAUCCAUGUGCAUGGAUCUAGUUAGGAUUGAAAGCAAACAGAAGAACCAGGAUAUAUUUCAAGCAUUUCUUGUGAACCCAAGUGUAUAUGGUUUAUUUUGGACUUCUGGAUACCAUAUCAAAAGAUUGGGUGCUUGGAAGUGGAUAAAUGGCGAAACGGUUAACUUCUCUAGUUGGGUCCCAGGGGAACCCAAUAACAAGAGAGGUGACGAAUAUUGUAUUGAGUUUAGUAGAACUAAUACGACCAUGGUCUGGAAUGAUGAAGCUUGCGAAAAAAGAAGGAAGUUUGUAUGUGAACGGGUCUUCCAUUAGGGAGUUAAUGACUUGGUGUUUUAGUACGAAAAAUAUUAUAUGGUUUAUAAUAAUUAUGUAUAAACUAUAUUAUGUCCUUAAUGAUAAUACACUUCUCCAAGAAAUUGACGCACCACCUAAUAAUCGGACAUUUUUCAUAUCUAGAAUUUCCUAAACCUGUUGUCCGAUCUAAGUGAUUUUUUAAAUAUAUUUUAUAUAUUUAUCCUUUAACAAUAUUGUUGUAAUAAUGUUGUUGCUGGGCAGGUAAACUGUCAUUGUAUACUGGGUGUACCAAUUAAACUGCGAUUUUUUCUCAAAGCUCGCCUCACCCUCUGGAAUAUUCUAGCAUUUAGCAAAUACUGGCAUUAAAACCCAACUAUAGCCUCAUGUUUUCUUAACAUUCUAUUUUUUUAUCCAUUUGCUUAUGUUGGAAAAAUCACAAAAUCACUUAAAUCGGAAAACAGGUUUAGGCAAUUCUAGACAUUAAAAUGACCCAUUUAUAAGGUGGUGUGUUAAUUUCUAAUAGGAGAAGUGUAUUAUGCAUAUUUAGGCCAGGGUAAUAAGACAAAAAUGUACCCUGUUCGUGACACUCGAGCAGCCAGGGUACUGAAGCGUUUUUUCGACAAGUAAUACUUAUAGGAACAAAUUUUAACUAUUUCCUGCGUAGGAUCUGGCGGCCAUUUUUAUUUAUAAACAAUUAACUGUAAAAAAAUGGCAUUUUUCCCUUUUUUCUCAAAUCAAUGGAAAACAGCGAAACUUAUGAUUUUUUUAGUACAAAUAUCUUUGAGAUUAUAGAAAAAGCUUUAAAAUGACAUAUUACAAAGUUUGAUAUACUCAUUUAUUGUUAAUAUAAUUGCGAAAAAAGUCGCAAUUGCAAAAAAAAUUGUUUUCGCAAUAACUGCUGUAAAAAUUGGUGUACAGGUUUAAGAUUUUUGUCAAAUGAGGGUUCUUUAGUGCUUAAUAUAUGAUAAAAAUUUCAAAGCGAUUUAUUCAAUUGUUCAAAUUUUAUUCGAAUUGUUUAUCUCAGUGAGCAUUUUUCUUGCACUAACAUAAGUCAGAAAAAAAUGACGUUAGAGCCAUUCCACAGGUGUCAAAUGGAAGAGCAUGAACUAUAUUUUCAACUUGGUUUAAAAAAAGCGAAUAAAAAAUGCAUUUAUUACUAAUAAAUAAUUGUGAAAAAGUAUCGUAAAUCUUUCUUUAUAAAUUUUUGAAUAAAUUUUUCAAAAAAAAUUAACUUUUUUACCCUGUUGUAAGUGCACAACUACCAAGUAAUGUUAUUUAUAUCAUAAUUGAUAAAAAACUGUAAUAAAUAUAUAUAAUUUCUUAUAUAACAAAAUAAAAAGUUUAUAAGGAAAGAUUUACGAUACUUUUGCAUAAUUAUUUAUUACUAAUAAAUGCAUUUUUUAUUCGCUUUUUUUAAACCAAGUUGAAAAUAUAGCUCAUGCUCUUUCAUUUGACACAUGUGGAAUGGUUCUAACGUCAUUUUUUUCUGACUUAUGUUAUUGUAAAAAAUGCUCUCUGGGAUAAACAAUUUGAAUAAAAUUUAAACAAUUGAAUGAAUCGCUUUGAAAUUUUUAUCACAUAUUAAGCACCAAAGAACCCUUAUAUGACAAAAAUUUCAAAGCUGUAUACUAAUUUCUAAAAGAGAUGUUGCGAAAUUAAUUUUUUUUGCAAUUCCGACCUUUUUUCGCAAUUAUAUUAACAAUAAAUGAGUAUAUCAAACUUUGUAAUACGUCAUUUUAAAGCUUUUUCCAUAAUCUCAAAGAUAUUUGUACUAAAAAAAACAUAAGUUUCACUGAUUUCCAUUGAUUUGAAAAAAAAAAGGGGAGAAUACCAUUUUUUGACACUUAAUUGUUUAUAAAUAAAAAUGGCCGCCAGAUCCUAGGCAGGAAAUAGUUACAAUUUUCUCUUAUAGGUAUUACCUGUCGAAAAAACGCUUCAGUACCCUGGCUGCUCGAGUGUCAUGGAAAAAACCUUAUUAACCUGGACUAAUUGACGAAUGAUAUCUGUAACAUGAAUAAAAUAAAUAUAAAAAUAACUGUAGAACAAAAUAAAUUUAAAAUAUUGUUGGA